AUGGACUACGACGUCAUCGCCAACCAGCCAGUGGUUAUUGAUAAUGGAUCUGGAGUCAUUAAAGCCGGAUUCGCUGGCGAGCAACAGCCGAAAGUUCGAUUCGCCAAUUUUGUCGGACGACCAAAAUAUCAUCGUGUUAUGGCUGGAGGACUAGAAGGGGACAUAUUCAUUGGUUCGAAAGCCGAAUCGAACCGUGGCUUGUUCUCCAUCGAGUAUCCAAUGGAGCACGGAAUUGUCAACAACUGGAGCGAUAUGGAAAAGAUUUGGGAAUAUAUUUUCGGCCCGGAGCAGUUGCAGAUCUUCCCUGAAGAGCAUCCUGUUUUGCUCACCGAUGCUCCGUUGAAUCCCCUGAAAAAUCGCGAAAAGUCGGCAGAAAUCUUCUUCGAAACAUUUAACGUUCCCGCACUAUAUAUUCAAAUGCAAGCUGUUCUUUCGCUGUAUGCUACUGGAAGAACGACAGGAGUCGUUUUGGACUCCGGAGAUGGAGUCACUCAUGCUGUCCCAAUCGUCAAAGGAUUUGCUAUGAAGCAUGCAAUCCAACGAAUGGACUUGGCUGGUCGUGAUGUUACCGAGUACCUUCGUGUUCUUCUCCGCCGCGAGGGAUACGAGUUCCAUCGAAGCAACGAGUUCGAAAUCGUCAGAGAAAUCAAGGAGAAUUCUUGCUACCUAGCUUCAGAUCCAACCAAAGUCGAAGGAAACUCUGUCAAGCAAGUUUAUUCGCUUCCGGACACAACCAAAGUGGAACUUUCAAACUCGCUGUUCCGUGCACCGGAAGUUCUUUUCAAACCAGAUUUGAUCGGCACAGAAUGGCCAGGAAUGGCGCAUCUUAUCAAUCAGUCAAUUAUGAAGUGUGACAUUGAUCUCCGACAAACGCUGUACAGCAACAUAGUUUUGAGCGGAGGAACAACAUUGUUCAAAGGUUUUGGAGAUCGUUUGCUCGGCGAAGUGCGAAAGAUCGCUCCAUCCGACGGAAAGAUCAGAAUUUCGGCCUCACAAGAACGAUUGUCUCUCACAUGGAUCGGAGGAUCAAUCGUAGCAAGUCUCGAUACAUUCCGAAAAAUGUGGCUUGGAAAGAAGGAGUAUGAUGAUGUCGGAGCAUCAGCACUGCACAAGAAGUUUUUCUAA